AUGGGCUUCCGAGACAGCCUGCGUAGCCGGCCCUCUUUUGCAUUGCCACCAACACAGUUCACUCUCAGAUGUGAUAGCUCCCUCCAAGGCUGGGGUAGUGUGAUUGAAGGUUCUGACAAUCCAACUGGGGGUAGAUGGUCACCUUUUGAGGCCACUUAUCACAUCAACUACCUAGAGCUUAAAGCCAUUCAAAUGGGUUUAAUGUCACUUUGUAAUGAUUUAUAUGAGGUGCAUAUUAAGGUGUUAUCAGAUAACCAAACAGCAGUGGCUUACAUUAGAAACAUGGGAGGAACCCAUUCUCCUUCCUGUAAUCUGAUAACAAGGGAAAUACUCCUGUGGUGCAAACAAAGAAAAAUUACCAUUACAAUUUCUCAUUUGCCAGGACAUCUUAAUGUUCAGGCUGAUAAGGCUAGUAGAGAAUUUAAGGAUGAUAUUGAAUGGUCACUGGAUACAGGAGUGUUCACCAUGUUAAGUAGAAAAUGGGGACAACCUCAAAUUGACAUGUUUGCAUCUAGGCUCAACCAUAAAAUAAGCCUAUAUGUUUCUUGGAAACCAGACCCUAUGUUUGAUAGGAAGAGUCCUACAGAAAAUUCAAAUGAGUCAAACCUCAGCAAUAAUCGUGGUUCCAAAGUGGGAGACACAAUACUGGUACCCAUUGUUGUUGAAAAUGUUGGAACAGCCUCCAAUUCAGAUACCUGUACCUCAGUACACUUUGACAUUGGUCCACGAUCCAUCGAAAGUACAUCCAUUAUACCCCAAAUUGAAACUACUUGGGUGUCUUGUGUCAGGAAAAUGCUCCAAGAACAAGGCAUUAAUGGACAAUCUCUAGAGAUAAUUCUUGAUUCAUGGAGAAAAGGAACUAAAAAACAAUACUCUACCUAUAUUACCCAAUGGGCAUCAUACUGUAGACAAAACAAGGUCAGUUUAACAAAACCUAGUCUGCCUCAGGUAUUGGGUUUUCUUGCAGCCCAAUCUGCAAGGCUAGGAUACAGUGCUGUUGCCUCAACAAGAAGUGCAUUAUCUUCUUUUAUCAAGUUAGAUGGAGUUAAUUUGGGCGAACACCCCUUAGUUAGCAGAUUUAUGACUGGCCUGUUUAACAGAAAACCAGCUCUGCCACGUUAUGUAGAGACUUGGAACCCUCAAAUUGUCCUGGAUAACAUUAGAAGCUUACCUGAUAACUCUCUCUUGUCAUUGAAACAGCUGACAAUGAAGCUUACUGUGCUUAUGGCACUUGUAACAGCACAAAGGACACAAACUUUGAAAGCUUUGUCAUUAGAUGGAAUUGUUUGUUCAGAAGAUCAAUACUCCUUCACAGUGCUGGAUGUACUAAAGCAGACAUCACGGCAUGGAGGACAAAAUAGACAUCUAGCACCAGUAGUCUUCAAAAAAUUCCCUAAUGACACUAAAUUAUGUCCUUUUAAUUGA